AUGCACAUCCCCUUCACUCUAACUCCUCUUCCCAUCACCAGGCACAGAUUCCAAAGUCUACAGUCAAAAGCUGGAGUCUUGGGGAAACUCAUUCACAAGGCGUCACAAGAUGAUGCAUUUCUAAAGCAAGCCAUGGAGCCCAUCACUGAAGGAGAUCCAUUCUUCAAACAUCUAUGGGAGUCACACUUGAAGCUUCAAACACAGGAUACGGAAAGGCGCUUGCCACUCUUGAUCAUGCGAUCUGAUUUCAUGGACGAUGCUACUGUGGGACCCAAGUUGAUUGAAUUCAACGCCAUUGCAGCGGGAAUGGGGCCCUUUGGACAGAGAAUACAUGAACUACACAAAUACGUUUACACACAGCAUCCAACAACCUACCACCAAUUCUCCGCUCUUCCUCAUACUGACACUGACACUGAUACUAAGCUGGAGCUGGUACAAAACAAGGCCAUCGACAGCCUCGCUGAGGGAAUUGCCCAGACUACCCUUCAGAUCAAGAACGAAUUCAACGAUGAUGGACCGCCAAGAUUCCUCAUGGUUGUACAACCAGACGAGGACAACGUCUAUGAUCAGCAUCUCCUGGAAUAUGCUCUGCAAGAAAGAGGCAUUCAGACAGUCCGUCGCUCCUUUCGAGAGCUUCAUGAUACUCUCUCAUCGGGAGAAUCGGGAAGGCUCAUGCUCGAGGGCGUUGGAUCUAUUGAUACCGUGUAUCUGAGGUCUGGCUAUUCGCACUGUGACUUUUACUUAGGUGACCUCGACCAGAAGGAUCAGUGCUGCCACUCACUCCUUCAAACCAGAAUAUUCAUGGAAAAACACCGUGUGGCCAUGAACGCAACCAUUCGACAACAAAUGGCAUCCAGCAAGCGUGUUCAGACCUUGCUGUCGGCCAUGAAUGCACAAGAGCUAUGCAACAAGUUCGAAUUGACACACGAAGAGGCUCGAGCCGUCAAGGAACUACUCGGCACCAACUUACCCAUCACCGGCGACACAAUCCACUGGCUCGAGAAGGAAAAUGUCGACAACUGGGUCCUCAAAAACCAAGGCGAGGGAGGAGGACAUGCGAUCUUUGGUCAAGACAUCAUCCACAAGCUGCAAGAGCUCUCUCCCGACGACUACGCUGCUUGGUCGAUCAUGCAACGUCUCCGCCCGACUCCACGAUCAGUACCCACUGUCUUGGUCCGCAAGGGAGAACCGCAGCUCUGUCCCGACUUGAUUAGUGAAAUUGGAGUCUUUACAGUUCAUGCAGAUGGAGUCCCCGCCACCAACCUCGUGGACGAACACGAACAUGAACACGAAGACAACAACGACAAUACUCAUAAUGCUGGUGGCUACGCGGGAUAUUUGAUUAGGAGCAAACCUGCGUUGGCCCCAGAAGGUGGCGUCCACAGUGGCAUGGGAGUGCUGGAUUCCCUGGUUUAUGCAAGCAACUGA